UCUAGAAUUAAUUCUAAUCUCAUGGUUCUCAUUCCUAAAGUAGUGGCUGCAGACUCUGUUGAUAAGUUUCGUCCCAUUAUUUUUAAGUAACUUUCUCUUUAAAGUGGCAACUAAGAUUAUAGCGGAUUGUCUUAGGAAAAUAGCAGCCAGGAUUAUUUCUCCCAACCAAUUUGGUUUUCUGAGAGGGAGACACAUUGAGGAUUGUGUUGUUGCAGCCUCGGAAGGGUUCAAUCUUCUUAAUCAUCAUUGCUAGGAUCAGAAUUUGGCAAUAAAUAUAGACAUCCGUAAGGCUUUUGACUCCAUGGAGUGGCCUUUCAUUCAUGCGGUUUUAGCAAAAUUUGGUUUCUCUUCCACUUUUUGUACUUGGGUGGAGAAUAUUUUCAGAUCGGCAUGAAUCUCAGUUUCACUCAAUGGCUCGCCGAAAGGUCACUUUGCACUCUCUCAUGGUGUUCGUCAAGGCGACCCACUUUCGCCCAUUCUUUUUUGUCUGCCCGAGGAUUUCUUGAGCAGGACUCUUUCUUUUUGGCUGACUUAGGUGAACUAGUCGGCAUGGACGGAGGCCGUAAUGUUUCUUGCCCUCCACAUCUCUUUUAUGCAAAUGAUUUGCUUAUCUUUUUUCGAGAAACAAAGUCUAAUGUUGAGAUUAUUCAUAAAGUUUUCGAUUCUUACGGCAUGAUCUUAGGUCAACGGGUUAAUUUGGAUAAAUCAGAGGUUUUAUUAAGCAAGUCUAUUCCCCUUCGUAGAGCUUUAGCCCUUCGAUUUCUGACGGUUAUGCGUCUUGACAGCUUUCCACUUGUUUAUUUGGGUGUGCUGAACUUUCAAGGAGCUCCUAAAGCGAAGUGGCUGAAGGCGACGAUGGACAACAUUCUUGUUAAGUUUGAUAACUGGAAGGGUCGUACCCUCUUCAUGGCUGGCCGCUUAGCGUUGAUCAAUUCAGUCAUCUUUGCCUCUCUACUUCACACUUUUAUGAUGUAUCGUUGGCCCUCUUCCUUGCUCAAAUCUAUAGAAAAGGCGAUUAGAAACUUUUUAUGGACGGGCUCGGUGUCUUAUAAGAAGUUGGUCACAGUUAAAUGGGGUCAUUGCUGCAAGCCUAUUUCUGAAGGAGUUGCUUCAGGUGUCCCUCGCUCAUCCUUGGUAUGGCCUUCUAUUAGGGAGUUGUACAGCAAGCUUCAGGCUACCUCUCAGUGAAUUCCUUGCAUGGACUCGGAUCUCUCCUUCUGGUCAGAUGAUUUUCUAGGCUAUUGUAUAGCGGAGAAGAUUGGGAUACCAAUGAAUGUUUAAAGUUGGCUUUCGACCAAGAUUAGUUAUAUUUUUUAGCUAAAUUAAUGGCGCCUCCCUGCUUCAAUUUCAGCUGCAUACCCGAACAUUGUUGACGAUAUCCAUAAUAUAGCCUUUUCUCCUAGUCGUUUUGUUUAGUAAUUCUCUCGUAAUGGUACUUUCUCUUAUAAGGUGGCUUUUUAUUUCUUUCACAUUCCGUCUUCUCGUGGUGCAUGGAGUAGGGAGGUAUGACGACAUUAUUUGUCUCCUUUCCGUCUUUUUAUGUUGGUGACUUCUACUGGAUCGCCUUCCAAUAGAUGAUCAUUGGCAGCAUUGCAGUUUAUCCAUGGCCUUUUUCUUGUCAUAUAUGUUUAAAUGGUCUCGAGAAUUUGGGACAUCUUUACCCAAAAUGUCCUAUGUUGUUGGGAUAUGGAAUGCUCUACAGGUUAUUUCUCUUUA